ACGUAUUCACUAUUGGCCAGGUUGAUGUUAGGAAAAGUGUCUCGUUUUAAAAAUUAAUACACAAUGCUGUUUAAAAUUCUAACAUUUUGUAUAUUGGCAUCAACGUGCCAUGGCUUGUACGAAUUCCAUCAUCACCAUCCACACCAUCUGGCGAUUUCGCACCAGCAAGUGAACAAGCACGACGGUCCCCAUCACCCUGUUCUCGUGCAUCAUGCUCCGGUGCAUCAUUUGCCCAUCCAUCACGAGACCAUACAUCACGGGCCCAUUCAUCACGGACCGAUUCAUCACCAGCCAGUACAUCACUUGCCAUUAUUGCACCAUGUGCCAGUACAUCACUUGCCAGUGCCUUAUGCAGCCCACCAUGAUCAUUACUCGUUUCCUGAAUACAACUUCGCAUAUACUGUCCACGAUCAUCACACAGGCGAUGUGAAAUCCCAACAUGAGUCUCGUCAUGGGGACGUCGUGAAGGGAGGCUACGAACUCAUCGAACCAGACGGCCGGUACAGAAAGGUUGAAUACAAAGCCGACGACCACACUGGUUUUAAUGCCGUUGUUCAUCAUUCGUCCCCCCAUCAUCACGUCCACAUCUCUCAGCAUCAUAUUUAAAAACGAUCGUCCGUCAUCAAUAGCAACAAAAUGGUAACUACGCAAAUAUGUUACUAACCUAAUUUUGGUUGACAAUAAAUAUAUUUUACAUAU